AUGAUCAUUCCGAUAGCUGCUGCGCUGUGCGUAUCUGCCCUCUUAUGUGGGUAUGGAGGAAAACAGCUGGAAGCAUAUGUGGUCAAGAACUGUGGGGACUCCAGCGAUGUCCUCCCGUUGUGCCCCAUUACUCAGACGGUGACUAUUGCUAGAGACGAGCUCAGCAAGAAGUUGUGGUAUGUGUUUCAUUGUGGAGAACGACUGUUCAGCUUCGAGAAGAAAAGGGGCACGUGGGCCCUGAUAGACAAUCGCAGGAAUGUGGUCGCUGAGCUAGGAAUGAGGUUCUCCAAGUACAUCCACUUUGUGAGAAACGAGAGAGAAGGCAACAAGAAACUGGUAUACCGUGCUCUGAGUGCCAAUACCUGGCCUUAUCCGUCGUUGUCCUUCAAGUAUAUGGACCUGGUAUCUCUCUACGUCUGGGGAAAGGAGUCCCAGUAUCUUGAACGACAUCACCGAAUUGAUGGACAGCAAAUGUUGACAAGAGAACGAAUUGCAAAGGUAGAGCGUCUCGACUACACAAAAUUCCGUCUAAGCUUCGAUCAGAAGAAGAUUGACCCCCAACUGGUCGUUUGUACUGCCUUCGCAGCCAUUCUGACGCUGUGGAAGAACCAUAAGAUGCACUACAAGAAGGAGCACGCUUCGCAGAAAAUUAAGAGAGCCAAAAGGAAACCUUUCAACAAAAUGAUAAUCAAACUGCAUCGGUCAAGAAUGACCAAGACAUCAUUAGCAAACUCGCACAAGUACUCCCGUGCCAAGUCCAAGAAGUUAGUCAAGGGGAACAUCAAACAGGUGUUGAAGACGAACGAAGCUCUCAUGGGUACCACCACAGGUGUUGUCAAGAACGCCGCUACUAUAGGCAGUGUUGUUGUUCCUGUUCAGUACCAACUUCGUAAACGUAUGGUUGUGAAACAACAUGCUCGCAGGGUAGGAGGAAGACCCAAGACUGUGAUGAAAAGAAACAGGCCCAAGGCUAGAGUUAGGUGA